AAAAAGUUUGACAAAUUCCUACUCCUUUGGUCCCCUACAAACAUUUUAAUAAUGCCUUCUCCUUUAAAUGGCUAGAUAUUAAUUCUAAAUUCAAAAAGAAGCUUUCACUUUUUCCCAUUAUUAAAGAUUAGUAUAGUAAUAUUUACCUCCAUUAUUUCCACUGGAUUAAUUACGCACUUUAAUUAUGUUUUCUUAGAUCUUGAAUUUCUGAGCCGGGCUGCAAGCAUUUUGUUUUUAAAUUUCUGGGCUUGCGUCAAAAUACGUUCUUGCUCGAGAGGAAAAGCAGAAGUAACAGUUUUCAAGAAAACUGUUAUUAGCCGAGCUGAGGGGUAGUAAUUGUAUACUGUGUAACAGUGUAAAGGAUUUCUAGUGUUAGCAUAUCGUAGAGCAUCUUCAUUAGAGGCGAUGGAUUCGGAGAAAGCAAUGGCUGGAGUGACAGUAAUCGGGCCUGGAGCUCCAUCAACGUAUCAUGUAGCUCCAAGGAUGGAGAGUUCUGAAUUUGGAACUUCUCAAAUGACUCCACCAGCGAUGAGUGCAGCAGGCUCGGAGAGGAAGAAGAGAGGCAGACCUAGGAAGUAUAAGCCCGACGAGUCAUCAAGCAGAGUUUUUUCUUCAGUGCAGGUGUCAUCAUCUGCUCCACCUGCUGCUGGCAAGGCCUAUGGAGAGGAUGUUAAGACAGGCGUUCCACGGGCCACCACUUCCGAGAAGAAGCAUAAGAGUAAAAUUGGAACAGAGAAAUUAGAUGACUGGAUUGAGUGUUCAACUGGCUCGAGUUUUUUACCACAUGUGAUCACUGUGAAUGCUGGCGAGGAUAUCUCGAUGAAGAUAAUGGAGUUCUCUCGACAAGGGCCACGGGCCGUGUGCAUAAUUUCUGGCAGUGGGAGAGUGUCUAAUGUGACACUUCGACAUCCCAAUUCCUCUGGUGGAAUCUUGACUUAUGAGGGUCUUUUCGAAAUUCUUUCCUUUUCUGGAUCCUUCACGCCAACGGAGAUGCCAGACAAAUACGGAAGAUCCGGUAUGAUGACCAUAACCUUGUCCGGAGCUGAUGGCCGUGUCGUGGGAGGUUUGGUUUCUGGAUUGACAGUUGCUGCCACUCCAGUAAAGAUUGUUGUUGCAAGUUACCUAGUGGGGAGUUCCCUUGAGGUGAAACCUAAGAAGCAGCAGUACACGGUGAAUGCAUCAGUUCCCGGUGGUGCCAACGAGGACAAGAGGAUCUCCGGCAACGUCCAAGGGCCUAGCUGCUCCAGCUCUGCCGACAACCCCACUGGCUGGGCAGCAAUUCAGACUGCAGAAAAGUCGAGGAAAUCCGCGGCCGACAUCAAUAUAUCACUGCAGGGAUAGUCUUAACAAUCAAGAUGUUUUAGUCUUAACAAGUAUGACCUCCAAAGACACAAUGCUAUAUAGGAUUCAUCUUCUUUCCCCCAUUCUUGACAUGUAUUGCUCUGCUUAUAUAAUGACAGAUUUUUGUGUUUUCACUCUCA